AUGAUACACCUUCGAGACUUGGUGGUUAAAUCAUGUAAUAGAGAUGAGCAAGCGAAGAUGGAAGCUCUUGGAUCUGCUCCCCCUGACCUUCAGAAACUUGGACUAAUCGGGAAACUGGACAAAGUACCGCACUGGUUUAACUCGCUCGACAGCCUCAGGCGAUUGUCUCUACGCGGGUCUAGAUUGAGGGAUGAUUUUCUUCCUCACGUCCAAGCAUUGCCUAAUCUUUUACAACUCCAACAACUAAAUGCAUAUGAGGGAGAGAGAUUAGACUUCCUUGAAGGAUUCCAAAAGCUCAAGAUUUUAAAAAUUGCAGCUUGCCCUCGUUUGAAAGAAGUUGUGAUCACAAAGGAGUGA